GCUGCUCUCGUCACUGGCACACGGACACUAGAAACACUGCCUAGGACACUGCCUUCCUGACACAGCCUUGGGAGCCAAGAAUCUGACCCUAAGGAAGAGUGGGAAACAGCAGCCACCAGAGGAGCUGCUUGGCUGCAGGGAGCCUGGCCUGGAUUCUCAGGAAAAUGACAUCCUCCAUCUCAUGGGGGGUCCUGCUUCUGGCAGGCCUGUGUUGCCUGGUGCCCAGCUUCCUGGCUAAGGAUGCUGAGGAGGCAGACACCUUGCAGCAGGAAGAGACCAUCGCUUCAAACCUGGCAGACUUUUCCUUCAGCCUGUACCGGGAGCUGUCCCAUCAGUCCAACACUACCAACAUCUUCUUCUCUCCAGCGAGCAUCGCCACAGCCUUUGCUAUGCUCUCUCUAGGGACCAAGGGAGACACUCACAUGCAGAUUCUAGAGGGCCUGAAGUUCAACCUCACAGAAACACCCAAGGAUGACAUCCAUAGGCGCUUCCAGAACUUCCUCCAAACCCUCAACAAGCCAGACAAUGAGCUGCAGCUGACUAUAGGAAACGGCCUGUUCGUCAACAACAGUUUAAAGCUGGUGAAGAAGUUUCUGGAAGAGGUCAAGAACCAUUACCACGCAGACGCCUUAUCUGUCAACUUUGCAGACUCAGAUGAAGCCAAGAAAGAGAUUAACAGUUUUGUGGAGAAGGGAACCCAAGGAAAGAUAGUUGAUUUGGUGAAAGACCUGGACAAAGACACAGUUCUUGCCCUGGUGAAUUACAUUUUCUUUAAAGGCAAGUGGGAGAAGCCAUUUGAUCCAGAGCACACCAAGGAAGCUGACUUCCACGUGGACAACUCCACCACAGUGAAGGUGUCCAUGAUGAACCGCCUGGGCAUGUUUGAUAUACGUUAUUGCGACACUCUGUCCAGCUGGGUGCUGCUGAUGGAAUACCUGGGCAACGCCACAGCCAUCUUCAUCAUGCCCGAUGAGGGCAAAAUGCAGCAUCUGGAGCAAACGCUCACCGAGGAGCUCAUUUGCCAGUUCCUCCUAAACAGGCACAUGAGGUCAGCCAAUCUACACUUCCCCAGACUGUCCAUCUCCGGAACCUAUAACUUGAAGGACGUCUUGAGUCCACUGGGCAUCACCCAGGUCUUCAGCAAUGCAGCUGACCUCUCUGGAAUCACAGAUGACGCUCCCCUGAAGCUCAACAAGGCUGUACAUAGGGCCAUGCUGACCGUCGACGAGAAAGGGACGGAAGCCGCAGGAGCCACAGUUCUGGAAGCCAUCCCCAUGUCUCUGCCCCCUGAUGUGGCCUUUGAAAGGCCUUUCAUUGCUAUAAUAUGUGAUAAACACACCUACAGCCCCCUCUUUGUGGGAAAAGUGGUGGAUCCCACACAAUAAACACCAUCCUCAGAAGCCAUCAUUCCUUGAGGAUUGUGUCCCCUCCCCAGUAACAUUAAACACAGGCUGGCCUGUCCCAUGCCUGAGUGAUACUGCAAA